AUGUCAAAUCACACGCAGUUGGCAACUGCUUCCACGUCGCAUUCUUGGCCUACAACAGAGGGAGGUACUACGAAUGUCGAUCUCCCCAAGAAAAAGUCACGGAGAGAAAAGCCUAAGAUUGCCCUUGCUCCAGAUCAACCUCCAACAACCCAGGGCAGACCACGGGCACGAGUAUAUGUUGCAUGUAUUCAGUGCCGCAACCGGAAGAUUCGUUGUGAUGGUGUAAAACCAAUUUGUUAUAACUGUGCUCGCAAAAGUAAUGGAGGUCACGACUGCAACUCCGACGCCGCCCCUAGACGUAGAGGACCGGAUAAAACACCAGGAGCUCGGCAACGAAUGGCGAGGGAAUUGCAACAGGAUCUGGACAGUAGCGGGACACGUCGCCGCCGAAAGCCUCGUGAAACAAGUUCCUCGAGGGUAUCUGAAAUUACAUCACAAACGAGUCAGAUCAACAAUGUUGCUCCUACCUUCUAUGUUAACAGGUUACUUUCUCCGGAAGCAUCCAGUAAUCAGAGCAUAUCGCCGUCAUACUCCGCCUCUUCGACCUCCUUCCCAUCCCCUUUGGUCGAUCCUCCAAUAUAUGGUGGCUGCUCUUGUCAUGGAUUAGUACAUUGCCCUAUAAGCCAGCCAUAUGUCUCUACGAGGAGGCAAUCACUGCCUUUUUUUGAUUUGUUGCCAGCGAGUCCAGGACAUAUUCCACUCGAGCAACUUUCGAACACUGUUGAACAUGGUGGUGCAGCGACCCGAGGAUGGACCCUCACCAUAGACGAUCACAGCGACGAGUCCGAUAAUGUAACGGAUAUCUCGAACGAGCCUUCCCUCAGGUUUUCCCGGAAAAUCUGGUACGAAGCACUAUGCUCACUAUAUGCUUCCGCCGAAACCUCAAAUGCGAAUAGAAUUACUUACACCAACCGUGCAGCUAUAUCUCGAAGCAUAGCUCGGGAUCUUGGCUUUCUCUUCCGAGCCUCGAAUUAUUGGUUUUCCUUCUUCCACGUUCCAAGUUUCUUUGGCCAAUUUUUCGACCCCGUCCGACGUGACACUAUGCAACCUAGUCUUAUACUAGCUGCUCUUGCGCUGUCGGCCUUUUGGCAAAGUUCUGAAAUAGAGCAGGGCAGGAAGGGUAGAAUUCGUGCUCUCCGACUGCGAGAAGAGGCACAAAGUGCGCUCGAGGCUAGCUUCAAUGCCGGCUCUAUUGAUGAAACCCUUGCGCAGGCUGCUUGGCUUCUGGCGUUGUUCGAAGUCUGUGCUCAUCCAGACCACUCCACUUCCCGUUCCGUCUCGGCUAUUGUAAUGCUUGAUUCUAUCAUCCGGUGCCUUGCCCUCACAGUCCUUGACGCGUAUGAUCCCAACGCCUCCGUAUUUGCAGCAGGUCAAGUUCCCUCAAUAAACAUACGGUCCUCGGAUGGUAAUGUAUACAUUCCUCAUCAGGAACGCAGUGCUUCGACCAGCUCUGGAUGUAGCUGCCUUUCGCGGACACUGGGAAAAUAUUGGUCGAAAUGUGUUGAGCAUGCACCCCUAUGGGCGACGACCCCGGCUUGGGAUCCUGCUUGGUCAGAGGCUGAAAUCCGAAAAGAGUCCUCCCGCCGAUUGUGCUGGGCGGCCAUAAGCCUCGCUGCGGGACACGUUUCUUACGCUUCUGCAAACGAUUCUCAUAUUCCUGACCUCCACAUCGCAGACCCCAGCAACUUUGCCCUGCUUUUUUCAGGAGAGUCAAUUUCCUGCUCUCUCUCACUCUCGCCUUCCGCAGCAAAGGACACCGUUUGGGCUCUUUACGACCGUUCAUUUGUGUUGUGGCAUAUCUGUGCUAGGGUCAGAGCUGAUACGUCUAUGAGUGACGUAGAGAAAGGAAAGUUCGCAGUCAAAGCUUGGUUAGAAACGGAUGUUAUUGAGAGUGCCUUGGACAAACACACCUGCGCCAUUGAAAAGGCGUAUAUCUUCCAAGGAAGGGAGUAUCUUUUCAACACCCGGAUGUGUAUCUCCUUCGAUUUCCAGCGUUAUAUUCCGCUCGUUAAUUCAGGUGUCAGUGGAAUUUUUCACCGAACCAAAGCUAAGGAAUGGCUCACACAUCAAGCAAUCGUUGCCGAACGUUUUAUGCAAGGUUUGCAUGCAGUCACAGGAAAUUCCAACAAUCUUUUAGCUCGGCGUCCUUUCUUUGUAUUCUGGUUCAUGUCUCAAGUACUUCGCUCGUUGCGCUUGUGGCACUGUGAUAACUCGCUCACCAUAGCGUUGGACGUUUGUAAAGCAUUUUUACCAGCCAUAGAUUACUUGAGUGCUCUUUGGCCGUGUGACGAGCAACGUCAACGUUACAUGCGUCUUCGUGGACGCUUGGAUUCUGCCUGCCAUAUCGCUGCUAUAUCCACCCCUCCUCCUGCGAACUUUGCUCUUCCCAAUCCUUCAUCUCGCAUAUUAUAG